AUGAUGGAGACCGAGGACCUGGUGCAGCUGCGGAGGCUCAACCUGGAGCUGCUGAGGCAGCUGUGGGCCGGGCAGGAUGCCGUGCGGCGGUCUGUGGCUGAGGCAGCGUCUGAGUCAAAUCUGGACGCCAGCAGCAGCCACAAUGCAGAAAUGCUGUCAUCACGGGAGACGACGUCAACGGCCUCCUCCCCACCAAGCGCCCCUCAAGAUGGCCCCUGUGAUCUGGCUUGGCCUGGCAGGACCAGCUCCCUGGCAGUCUCUCUCCCACCCCCCAAGUGCCAACGCCAGAAGUCCCUGGGCCAACUGAGGCCGUACUCAGCACCCUUGCCGCUCACCUCGGACUUGAAUGAUCCAGAGCUUUCAGCAGGGCUGGACAGUCUGGGACCCCAGGAGGCCCUGAGAUCCGUCCUGACUCCUCGACAAAGCAAGCCAUCCAAGCCUAGAGUGACCUUCAGCAAGGAGCCUGGAGUGCCUGAGUGGAACUGGCGCCUUAGGCCAUACCUGGGCUACGACUGGAUUGCAGGGUCUCUGGAAAGCACCUCUCCCGUCACUGGCAAGUCUGAGGCCUUCUUCUCGAAGCUGCAGAACUUCCGGGAAGCCAACAAGGAGGAGUGCAUCUCCAGCAACCCUGAACUCCAGUUCCUCAGCCUUCAUGAGAGCAGCAACAUGGACGAGGACCAUGAAUGUGUGUACUGUUAUCGCGUCAACCGGCGCCUGUUUCUGGUGCCUGCGGAUCCCGGCACCCCCUGCCGCCUGUGCAGGACACAACGGGGCCAGAGGGGCCCUGAGACCCUGGCAGAGCCAGCGCAGGUCAGAGUGAGCAUCCCACUGUCAGUCCUGGAGCCCCCGCACCGCUACCGCAUCCACCGACGCAAGAGCUUCGACGCCUCCGACACACUGGCCCUGCCCCGGCACUGCCUGCUGGGCUGGGACAUCGUCCCUCCCAAGCCAGAGAAAAGCUCAGCGCCCAGGAACCUGGACCUCUGGUCCUGUGUCUCCUCGGAGGCCCAACAUCGGAAGCUGUCUGCCACCAGCCCUACUCGCCUGGCACUGCCAACGCAGGCUCCGCCACCCACCCCGAUCUGGUUAGAACCCCAGGUCACCCGGCCCCACACCCCACGGCAGAAGCUCUGA